AUGGCGUUCUGUAAGCUUGGGCUACCAUCGGCCCCCUUCGAAGUUUCUCACCCGAAUCAUAUUGUCAUCAGCGACUUGCCUAUUUUUCUGCGCAAUAUUGGAAGCUACUGCACUACCACCCCGCAAUACUCGAUGCUCUCGGCCCUUCUCCAGAGCCAAGCGCUGUCACAUGAGAAGACGUUGAGAAGAAUCAGUUACCUGCUCCGCCCGGCGCGUCGCUUUCACUUUCAAAAGGUUAAUGGACUGUGGGGGAAACCCAUCGCUUCGAGCCUUUACCACUUCAAGACCAGAGCCGGCCCUCGGCACGCCAAUCUUUACAUGCCCCUUGCAGGAGUCAUGUCCGCUGUCAACUCGCCAGGACAGGCCCGGGAGAGGUACCUCUGCCGCAUCGUUACCAAGUCCGACUACGACUACGAGUUCUACGAGGACCGAAACGACCCCAGCUGGACAUCGGUGACUGGACCGCACGCAACCGCUGGAUCGCCGUACCUGAGUACAUCCAUGCCUAAUGCAACGCUGAAGCCUCGAGGACACAUCACUUGCAUCGCGUGCGCCCAGACACUCGAUAUGCUUACUCUUGUUGACUUGUCAUGGCCUUGCGGGCCCAGCCUGAUCACAAACUUUGAAGUAUCGAUUGAUGCAGGAGUCUACAUUGGUCCCAAACGAACACAGCUUCAUAACAUCCCAUCUUUGCCACAUCGCUCUGUAAUUCACUCUUCCCUGGCUGUUCAUAACACUGGUACUAUUGAUACUCAGCUUCUCUAUUCUCACCAAUUGUCCAGAGUCAUGUCGUCUUCACGGGCCCCCGAACCCACCCGUCAACGCUUGAUCGUCCCGCGCGCACUCUAUCUGCGCAUCGAUGAUCCUAUUCCUGGCCGCUUGACAUGUCCGCCGCCAAGCUGUUACGCCCUGCGCCUUAUACCAAAAUACAAGCGACUUGGCGACUUCUUCGUUAGGACAAACCAGGACCACCAUGGACGGUUCUGGGCCCAGAAAGUUCAGAAACUUCUCCCUUCUCCUCCCAAAAGAGACAUAAACGGUUCGCGACAAUCCCUCCGGCUGAAGACCUGUCUCCGCCUGGCUUGGCUUUGGGUUCAUUUAGAGCGUAGCUCAAUACUCAAUAUCAUCAUCUUUAAACCGGGUACAUCCCAAAAUAAGAUCUACGUGGCGUUGCCCAUGUUCCCUCCUGUCCACAUGGCCUGGGCACACCUGCUUGUCGUGACCAUUUUCUUCCUCGCAGAUUCUCCGCGUCGGUCGGUAGCGCAGAUCAUCCCCACGGGACACUCGAACAAGUCUAAUUUCCCCCAUCGACGCGCUGGAGGCCUUGAUGUAGUGGAGGAGACAAAUCUGGAGAGGGGAUCCGGGGUUUUCCUUAACUUGGCAUGCGGGAGAUUUAUCCAAGGCAAUUCAAUCCAUAGAAUGAGACCGAAGCGCCUCCGGGGCCACCGUUCGAUCCGGGGGUCGAACAAAAAUACCUCCCUACCUAACGCUGCGGCGGCAUCUACUAUGAAGUUCCUCACAACAAGGCUCAGAUCCUCUGCUGCACAUCCGGCCCGACCGAGCAGCGUCGCAUCCGGCACCAUCACGGCGGCUCUUGUGAAUGUGCAAUGCCCAAUAUAUUUGUGUUCUCCUCUGCCUCUAAUCCGGGCUUGUCCCCCGCCCCUAACCCACUCAAACCUGCUGUCUGGGGCCGUGGAUGCUGAGGGGAAAUGGGGUCCGGGGAAGGACAGAAAUGGAAGCUUCCAUCUUGACAUCUUGGAGGAUCUUGGAACCAAGGCCUCUCGCUCGAAUAGGGCCCGAGUCAACUGCCCAAGACAAUGGGCGGAUAACGCAGCUGAAACUGAUGCUUUUCUUGUGUUCUUCCACACAUGUGACUGUUUUCACGAUACUUGGCAGAGGCAUCUACACACGAUGUUUGAGGUCUGCCACUUUACCAUCCAUAAACCUGCCCAUCUUUACCAUCACCAUGAUGUUGGCGUGUAUUCGAGACUGGGAGCUGGAAGAGGUACUUCAGCUUUUUGUGCAUUUGGCGGCGAGGCUCCCAAGCCGUACGAGUCUUUGUGCUCCCUUCGCCACCGUCUUCCACAUCAUCGUCGCGCCCUUCCAACCCCUUUGUCAAAUCGCCAGCUUAAAGUAAACCAUAUCGGCGGCCACCUGCACCAGCAAGUCCAGAUUCACCGCUCAGAUACGUCUCCGAAGCUCAAGCAAGUAGCCAACCGCCUUGCGGAUACCGGAAGGCACGGUCCUUUUCCCACCGACGUGCUCUCGGACCGUGGACGGGACCUUCUUGAGGUCGUAGGUAUGGAGCCAAGCUUACAGAAGAGCCUCGACAUCGACAUCUGCUUCACAUGCGCAUGCUUUGAUGCUGGUCGUCAUUCCGUACCAAAGCAUCCCAGUUCGGUCGAACAGGACAUGAAACACCAAGAUCGAUUCAUCCGUUACCACCACGCCGAUAAUCAACCCAAGACGUGCGGUAACCACCGCACCACACACUCUCGAAACAAACAAAAAGGCCAGGCAGAGUCGCAAACCAGGCCGACCGAACGGCCAUCAGAUAAAAAGACCCUUUUGAGUCGAAACGAAACGGAACGUCUGAUCUUGCUUGCACCCGUCCUGAAACCCGAAUGGGCCAGCAGGUAUAUUGCCACACCAGCCGCCGCUUUGAUGGGAACGAGGCUCACCCCCGUUCCACCUUAUUUUGCCGCUUCCAUGACAAUAAAGCAUGGCAGAUCAGUGGCAAAAGUGUCACUUCAAAACUCCCCAUCUUCGCAGGACGUCGGAAAAAUGGACGGCCAGGCAGGCGGCAAGUCUAUAAUGCUUCUAUCCAGUAGCCGUCUAUGCAACAAAGCCCAGGAUGCCAUGCAAAACGAAGAAACAAAGUCCAUGGAUGAGUAUCCAUCGUCAUCAUCCAAUACGCCUCCAUGA